UUCUAACGCCGCUUCGGUCUCGCAAAGUAAUUAACUCAACAGGAAAAAAUCCGCUUCUUUCUUCGUCUUCUUUCUCCGAAUCCUCCACCGGCGCUUGUGCGCUCACAAGUCUUGUUGCCCGCCGCAGAGGGAGCGGAGCACGACGCGACCGUCGUCGCAGCCAUGUUCUCCAUCGCGGCCAUCAACGACACGGAAUCCGGAGGCAAGUGGGAGCCCCUCGCCCCAACCAAAGAAGCCCAGGAGUUCCAUCUUUCCCAAACAUAUCAUGAAGGACUCUUGAAAUUGCAAGCUAAAGAUUACGGAAAAGCUCGUGAGCUAUUAGAAUCUGUUUUGAAGGAUCCUCUCAUAUCGAGUGCCCAGGUUGGUAAUGUUCCUGGUGACCGUCAUAUGUUACAGCUAAGGUUCUUGUCACUGAAGAAUCUUGCAGCUGUCUUCCUUCAACAAGGCCCCAUAUAUUAUGAGAAUGCUCUUCACUGCUAUCUCCAAGCCGUGGAGCUUGAUGAGAAUGACUCAGUUGUUUGGAAUCACCUGGGAACAUUAUCAUGCAAAAUGGGUUUAUUGAGCACUUCAAGGUGGGCAUUUGAGCAAGGACUUCUGUGCAGCCCCAAUAAUUGGAAUUGCAUGGAGAAAUUAUUGGAGGUACUGAUUGCAAUUGGUGAUGAAGUUGCAUGUCUUUCUGUAGCAAAUCUUAUUCUUAGACAUUGGCCAUCACAUUCUCGUGCUUUGCAUGUUAAGAAGACUAUCGAGGAUGCUGAGCCAGUACCUUUUGCACCUCGUGGUAUCGAUAAGCUGGAACCAAAGCAUGUUAGACUUAAUUUUUCUGAGAAAAGAAAAUCAGUAGACGAUGAAAAUAGCAGCAAUCGCAUAUCUAAAAGACGUAAUCAGACCAUAGAACUGCAGUUGGCUGGAGCAACAUGGUCGGCUCUUCUGGAUGCAAUUCUGGGCAUAUUUGUUCAGCCAGCCACUAAAGAUUCUGAGCCAGAGACUCUGCAUGAUCAUGAGGAUGUACGAAAUGACAAGCAAUUUAACAGGCUUGGAAUGGAAUUAUCUGGUGAUGCAACAACAAUUGAUGAUAGGAGCAUGGAAACCCAAACAAAUGAGAACAUGGAUAGGUUUACUUGUAUAAAGAUAGAUAUACGCUUAAGUGAAUUUUCAGACAUUAUUGUGAACCCUGCCAAAAGUAAAGAACAUGGUUUGCAUCCUGUUGAUGGGUGCACAUUGUUGGGUUCUUAUGGUAUGGAGAAGUCAACUACAAUUAAAGAAAGAGAUAUCAGUACAGACAGAGAACAUCACCAGGAAAGGCGAAGUACACGUCUUGAAAUGCUUAGAAGUCGCAAAUUAAGUAAAGAAGAAUCAGAAUCCAGCGCCAAAGAUCAGGCAAACAUUGUCUGUCAAUUUCUGGAUCCCUUUAUCCUAAGAAGAUUAAGAACUGUAGGUCAAGAUUGUUCAUUUACUUCUGAUAGCAUGUACCCUGAUUCUCUUACCUAUAAUUCAAACCUUGAGCACAAUGAUACUUUGCAAUUUAUAUCUAAAACCUCAAAGAAUUUUGGUGCUCAUCAUAUAGCUCAUCUUUUACUGGAGGAGGUGGCCCACAAGUAUAUUCCCUUUCAGGACAGCUUUGUCAAGUUCAUGGAAUUAGAGAAAUUGACCAGAAAUUGGGGUCAGGAUCGCUCCCCAUUAUCUUGCUUAUUUCUUGCCGAGUUAUACUAUGACCAGGGAUCAUGGUUUGCUAACAGAUCAAAACGGUUAGAGUAUCUUUCUGAGGCAUCAUAUCAUCUUUGCAAAGUCAUUGAAUUGGUAACUCUCGAUUCUCAUGAUGACUUAAUUGGUAUAGAUAAUCAUUUCAGUAGUACACAAACUGUAAUGGAGAUUAAUGAUGCUCAAAGAACAUCAUUACUUUUAGAUGACAAACUUGAGAAAGAAGGUGGGCUGUUGUUGAAUAAUUCUCAAAAUGUAAGAGCAACAAUAAGUAGUGAUUCUGCCUCCCAGGAAAGAUUUGUGCAUAGUUCUACUUUAACAGAUAAUAAUGCUUUUUGGGUGCGUUUCUUCUGGUUGAGCGGUCGGUUGUCUCUUUUCCAAGACUGCAAGGCAAAAGCUUUCAAUGAAUUCUACAUUUGUUUAUCACUUCUGAGAAAUAACAAUAAAUUAGAAGAGGCUUCUGACUUUGUCUUUCUACCUCACUGCAAGCUUGUGAGACUGAUAACUGUUGAUAGAAUUCUUCAUGAAAUUAACUUAUUGAAGCUUGACUCUCUACUUGGGAAAGUUUCAGAUGAAAUGAUGGAGAAAGGAAUGUACUUGGAGUGCAUGAACAUGCUCUCUCCUCUUCUGCUUUCUACUAAGGAUGUGUAUCUUGAUUCUGUGUUUGGUCCAUUGAAAGAAAAAGAAAAGAUCAUGUCAGUGGAGCUAUCGGCAUUAAAUCUUCUUAUUUCAGCAUGUCAAAAGGCAGAACCAAUGGAUAUUCAGGUAUAUCUGAACUGUCACCGGAGAAAGCUUCAAGUGUUAUCUGUUGCAGCUGGUAUGGAAGGUUCUGCUGCGGCGUUGAAGGGUAAAAGUUCAGCAUCAAAAGCAAGUUGUGAUUUUGAAAUAGACUUUGCAGAACCAAUGAGCAAACAUUGGAAAAGUCUGGUUUCUGAAGAAGUUAAAGAUAUAUCCCGAAGUACAACUUUAGUGAAGAACUUUAUUGAUCAAGCUGGUGCUACUGAUAGCUUGGGAUCUCUUAUUUGCACUGUAGCAGAUAUUCAGUCUUUGCUCGUGACGGUUAUGCGCAGUAUAAUGAGAACAAUCGUCAGCCAAAAGUCUCCUGGUUCAGCAAGUUCAGGUCAGACAGAGCAAUGGGAGAGCUGGUGCCUGGUAGAUGCUGCCAUUGCUUUUUGCAAACUCCAACACCUUGACCCUUCGGUUUCUAUCAAAACUCAAGUUGACCUGAUUGUGGCAGUCCAUGAUUUGCUUGCCGAGUAUGGGCUUUGUUGUGCUGGUAGGGACAGUGAAGGGGAGGAAGGCACAUUUCUCAAAUUUGCAAUCAAGCAUCUCUUAGCACUAGAUGUAAAACUAAAGCAAUUGAGUGGUACAAAUGGACAAGAGGAAAUUACAUCUUCUCACAAGCACACUGUAGAAAAUGUGGUUUCUGAUUGUGUUGUCACUUAUGAAGAAAAUGAAAAACACGAGGAUGCACUGGAUACUGGAAAGAACUCUAAAUUGGAUUCUUCUUCAGAACAGAAGCAAAGUACCACUGUUGGUGAGACUGCUAGUUCUCUUACCGAUGAAGAAUUAGAGGAGAUUGAGUUGGGUAUUGAUAAUGCCUUGGAUCAGAGCUUCUUCUGCUUAUAUGGGCUUAAGAUAAACCCAGAUUCUUCUAGUGAAGAGGAACUAGCCAUUCAUAAAAAUACUAGUCGUGGAGAAUACCAAACAAAAGAGCAGUGUGCGGAUGUAUUUCGAUAUGUUUUACCUUAUGCAAAGGCUCUGUCAAGAGCUGGAUUGGUUAAGCUCAGAAGAGUGCUUCGGGCUAUCCGGAAACACUUCCCUCAACCACCUGAUGACAUAUUGUCUGAGAAUGCAAUUGACAAAUUCCUCGAUGGUCCUGAUCUAUGGGAAGAUAAACUUCGUGAAGUUUCUGGACCUAAUGAAGGUCAAGAGCUGGUAACAACUAUUCUGUCUAAUGCAAGAGGCCUUGAGACACACAAAAAAUCAUCAGUUGUGAGCUCUGAGCAGUACUUAGAAGUUUAUGGCAACUUGUACUAUCUUAUGGCCCAGGCUGAAGAGAUAAGUGCUAUUGACAAGUAUGCUGGCUUUGUACUUAAAAAAGAAGGGGAGGAAUUUGUGGAACAAAGUGCAAAUCUAUUUAAAUAUGACCUACUGUACAAUCCCUUGCAGUUUGAGAGCUGGCAGAAGCUUGCAAAUAUAUAUGAUGAGGAGGUGGACUUGUUGCUGAAUGAUGGUAGUAAACAUAUAAAUAUAUUAGAUUGGAAAAAAAACACUAAUCUGCAUCAAAGAGUUGAGGCUGGUCGAAGACGGAGUAGACGGUGCUUAUUAAUGAGUUUAGCUCUAGCCAGUACUUCAUCUCAACAGAGCCAAAUACAUGAAUUAUUGGCUCUAGUCUACUAUGACAGCCUUCAGAAUGUUGUACCAUUUUAUGAUCAGCGAUCUAUUUUACCAACAAAGGAUUCAACAUGGAUGACAUUUUGCCAAAAUUCGAUGAAACACUUCGAGAAGGCUUUUGCAUUAAAGUCUGAAUGGCUCCACGCUUUUUACCUUGGAAAACUGUGUGAAAAGAUGGGACAAUCACCUGCUAAAGCUUUGUAUUACUUUAGCAAAGCUGCUUCAUUAAAUCCUUCUGCUGUUGAUCCUGUGUACAGAAUGCAUGCAUCACGCAUGAAGUUGCUUUAUACACGAGGAAAACAAAGUUUAGAUAUUAUUCAGGUUGUUGCUACACAUGCCUUUAGUCAAUCAACUAGGGAGAAGAUCCAAGAGAUGUUCGAUUGGCCAAACCAAGACCUUAUGCAGUUGAAUUUGGAUGGGAAGGAUGUCAUUGAUCAAGAUGAUACAAAGGAGAAGAAGACUAUUGAUCCUAAGUUAUUAGAUAAGGCCUGGCAUAUGCUUUAUGAUGAUUGCCUCAUAGUUCUUGGAAUCUGUGUGGAAGGCGAGCUGAAACACUUCCAUAAAGCAAGAUACAUGCUUGCCAAAGGGCUAUAUAGAAAGGGGGAGGCUGGAGACCUGGAGAGGGCAAAAGAAGAACUUUCCUUUUGUUUCAAGUCAUCUCGAUCUUCAUUUACUAUGAACAUGUGGGAGAUUGAUGGUAUGGCAAGAAAGGGAAGGAGAAAGAGUCUUGGACUUUCUGGAAACAAAAGGAGUCUGGAGCUUAGCCUGUCAGAAAGUUCUCGGAAGUUUAUUACUUGUGUCCGGAAAUACAUGUUGUUCUACUUGAAUCUUCUGGAGAAGACAGGGGAUUUGUGGACUCUUGAUAGGGCUUAUGUUUAUCUCAAAACUGAUAAGAGGUUUGCUUUGUGCUUGGGAGACAUUGUUCCGAUUGCUCUGGGAAAAUACAUUCAGGUUCUGAUAUCAUCAAUCUGUAAUGCUGAGAUCCACAAUGCUACCGAUAACUCCAUUUCUCUCGAGCAAAUGUUGGAGAAAUUGUUCAACAUAUUUAUGGACCAUGUGAAUUUGUGGACUGAUAUCAUCAGCCUACCAGAGUUGAAGAGCCCAGACCUAUCCGAAGGCAAUCUCUACAACUACAUCCAUCAGUACAUUCACUUGCUGGAGAGUGAUAUACGGCUGGAAGCACUUGAAGGGAUAAAUGAAAAGAUCCGAAAGCGAUUUAAAAAUCCAAAACUAACAAAUAAUAACUUUGCAAAAAUUUGCAAGCAUGCGUCUUUAGCUUGGUGCCGUUCUAUUACCAUUAAGUUGGCAUUAAUCACUCCAUUACCUGAUUCUGGAGAAUCCAGUGGUCAGCUUAGUUGUGUGGAGAAUAGCCUACUACUUUUUGUGGAUCUACAACCAGACGAGCUUUUGGUUUCACCAGUGGAAGGUCCUUUUCAAUCUAAAGGCCUUGACAUGAAUUGGUUUGAAGCUUUAUGUAAAAUCAAGAAUAUUCAGAUUAGACAAACAUCAGAAGAAAACAUGGAGGCUGCUGUUGCCUUGAUGAGAUGUACCUACAAUUUCUAUCGAGAGAGUUCUUGUGGAACAUUUCCAUCGGGCAUCAACCUGUACACAGUAAGUUUGUCGCAAACAGCUGUAGAAGGGCUACAACAGCAAGGAAAGGAGAUAAGUGAUAUCCUUGACUUGAGUAUCCCAAGAAAGCUGCUUUUAUGGGCGUACACCUUGGUGCAUGGCCGCUACUCCAAUAUCUCAGCUGUUGUGAAGUACUGUGAAGAGGCAAAGUCAAGGAUGAAGAAGGGAAUCAUGACAUCCACGGUGUCGCAAGUAAAUAUGCCUGCUAGUGUAACUCAUGCAGCCUCGAGUGCUGGUAGAGAAAAGACGGAAGGCCAUGAGCAUGCUGAAGGAGAGGAUAAUCCAUCUGUUUCUUCUGGUUCUGUUGCUCUGCCUGCAGAAGAGACCACGCGCAGCGCCACCCCUGUUUCUUCUACCGAGGUUCAGAAAUCUGCUGCUGCGGCUCCAUCUUCGCAGCUUCAACGAUGCAACAUGUCCAAAUCAACUGAGAGCACCGAGGGAUGAAAAGCGGGCAAACUUGUAAAGCAGCAUUGUGAUACAAAUGACUCAAGUGGAUUGACCUAUUGUCAGGAAACAGAGAUCAGUCGAGGAAAGAAGGGCAAAGUUCGAUGUAAGUGUACCAUCCCUUUCUUGUAUCUAAACCAGGAUGGAGCUUUCCUUUACAUAGAGCGGGAGAGAGCCUUGGAGUUGUAGUGUACAAGUUAUAGAAAUGAUGCCCUCUCUUUCCACAAUCUUGAAUGGCUGAGGAUGUAAAUUUCCUUCAUGAUUAGUCAAUCAUCUUUGGACUUGUUAUUAUCCUCUAUUCGACCUUAUUAGCUAAAAUUAAAUGAUAACAUGAUUUCUUGGGACUA